GUGUGUUUCCAUGAGCCAAAAGUGUGUGAGCGUAUUAGUGUGUGCUCACACUGAGAGAGGAGGUGGCGGAGAGAGGAGAGUGUAUGAAGGCAUGCGAGGGAGAUACAAGAGAAGGGCCGACGAGCAAGAGGGAAAGAGAAGCCAGGUGCUUUUGCUCAUCUUACUACUGACACACUCCGCUCACACACACACACACACACACUGCCACAACCUCUACUAAAGCAGUGAGCCGACACACGUGGGCGUGUGUGUGUGUGAGAGAGAGAGAGACUGUUUCCUGCGCUCGGAGCAACACAAGAGAUCUCUGAGGAUACACCGAUGAGAAAGAGGAGUGGGGGAGCCAAGGAAGAGGAGCCCGAGUGUGUUUCGCCCCAGGGGGAGCUCCCACACACCGCAGACAGCGCACACACUCCAGCGGGCACUCAGCACGGUUUCCCUGACAACUAGGAUGGGCUGCAAUCUGUGCACCUUGCAGAAACGGGAAGAACACUACAAACUGCUGUAUGAUAUUGCACAGGUGAACGGGCGCAACUUCUCCAAGGUCGACCAUGAAGAGGCAGUGGCGGAGGCCAUCAGGCGAGACCCCAUCGUUGUCCAGGUCCUCCGACGGACCCCCACCAGAGCGACUGCCGCCGUCGGCCACAACCACAGCGGCGCGCCGCAGGACGUGUGCGUCGUGGACGUUUGCACGCAAACGGACAUCACCUUCGAGCACAUCGUGGCGCUGGCGAAGCUUCGACCGGCUACUCCUCCCGUCCCGGACAUCUGUCCCUUCCUGUUGACAGACAGCUGUCAUUCCAUCCACACCAUGGAACAUGAGUUUUAUGAAUGCCCAGAGUACCUGUCCAAUAUUCCAGUAGAAGUGGAGAGGACUGAAGAAUAUGAAUAUGAGGAGGUGGAGCUGUGCAGGCAGAACAGCCUGGAGAAGCUUGGGUUGACGUUGUGCUACAGGACCGACGAUGAGGAGGACAGCGGCAUCUAUGUCAGCCAGGUGGAGCCAAAUAGCAUAGCAGCAAGAGAUGGACGCAUCAAGGAAGGAGAUCGUAUUCUACAGAUAAAUGGCUUUGAAGUGCAAGACCAAGAGAAAGCUGUUGCCUUGUUGUCAACUGAAGAAGCAAGGAGCAUCAUUCUACUGGUGACAAGACCAGAAAUCCAGCUGGAGGAGGAAGUAUGGCUGGAUGAGGAACAACACAAGCUCGUGGAGGAGCUGAAGAUGGAAAUCCUGGAGGAGAGGAGGAAGCAGAGGGGACAUACGUUUGACAGGGGGGACCAGGAUCUAGCUGACGAAGAGAUGACAACAGACACGGCCACGUGUUCCUCCAACAAUCAAGACAAAGACAGUGGGUUUGGUCACAGUACGGACAGUCCAGAUCACCAGCCACUGUUGGCUAGACUCCACAGGAGGAGCCCAGCACAUUGCCUGCGCGAACGAUGGCGAGCAGACCAUCCGCACUCAAGACGCGGGACUGUAGUGCCACAGGACACUCCGAGUCCGAGGACAGUCUCCAAAGGCCACGAAGGGGUAAUCAGUAUUCGCAAUGGUGGAGGAGGGGUUUUAGGUUUGGAGAAUCGCUUUCAGCAACUGCUGGAGCUCAAGUGUCAGAUCCGGAAUGGAGACGAGUGUGGGGUUUACUCCAUUCGACACAGUAUAGAGUGCAGUGUCACUGAGCAAGGAGUGGAUGAAGAUGGUAUAGAUGGUGUCGGAGGAGGCAACGGAGUGGAGCAGGAGCUGAGGAUGCUCAAUGAGGAACUGCGCAGCAUCGAGCUUGAGUGCCAGAGCAUCAUGCAGGCGCAUCAGCUCCGCCAGGCCCACCAGCUGGACCCUUCGCAACCUCUGUCCUCACCAGGACGAAGCCCCAAAGACGGACACAAGCGCCAAGGCAGGUUGGCCGACAUCCACGAAUACCCCGAGAGAUCGGACGGCGACAGGAUUCGGGAAAAGGACACCUCCAGUGCCUACAACACAGCGGAGAGUGCACGGUCCACACCGCUCGGAAUGGACCGAUCUCCCGAUCAUUCUCUGAAUAGACACAUCAGCAUUACCAACCAGAAAAACCUGAGGCUGGCCUCCUCCACACCCUCCAGCCCCAUUCCCAUCGUCAAUCCCCAGGUUACACACGCUCGUGAACGACCGGCAGACCCGGGCCACGUCAUCUCCAGCAGCCCCGACCAGAGCAACCACUCCCGGUCCGAGUCGGACCCUGCUCUGCCUGCAGACGAUGAGAGGUGUGAUAAGAAAGGGAGGAAGAGAGAUUCCAGAAGGGCGCUUCCCUACGGUUCUUAUCAGACAACCCCCUAUCAAGGCCAGGCUGGAUCCAGGCAACUUCAGAGCUACAUGCAGCUACUACAACAGCACUCGUCCCUGGAGUAUUCCCAGAGCCAGCUGAGUCUGCUCAGUGUCUGUCGAGAUCCCGUUCACCGGUCGGGACGCCCCGGGGAACCCCGCCUGGAGUGGAAGGUCAAAGUGCGGGCUGACGGCACGCGGUACGUGGCCCGGAGGCCCGCUCGCGACCGCAUUCUGAGGGAGCGGGCGCUGAGGAUCAGGGAAGAGAGGAGCGGGGGCAUGACCACUGACGACGACGCUAUGAGCGAGAUGAAGAUGGGCCGCUACUGGAGCAAAGAGGAGAGGAAGCAGCACCUGGCACGGGCCAGAGAGCAGAGGAAGAGGAGGGAGUUCAUGCAAAAGAGCCGCCUGGAGUGUCUGAAGGAGGGGCCAGCCAGUGGUGCCGAGGGCAGGAAAGAGGUGAAUAUCUUGGAGCUCAGUCACAAGAAGAUGAUGAAGAAACGAAACAAAAAGAUCCUGGAUAACUGGAUGACCAUCCAGGAGCUGAUGAGCCAUGGUGCUAGAGUGCCAGAGAGCUCCAAAGUACAUAACGCCUUCCUAUCUGUCACAACUGUGUAGCGAAACACCAGCAGGACUGCAUAUUUCUAAGUAGGCCCUACUUCAAAUUUUAAGAUCGGGUGGUCUGCAUUUAAGGAACCACUGAUUUUUGUAAUAGACAAAAAAAAUUGUUGUGAAAUUUGAUUCAAGUGU